GUUGAUAUGAAAUUUUGAAAAACGAAAGUUGAACAUGCGUCUAAAUUUUGAGUCGCUUUAAAAAUGACAGAAAAUGUGAAGAGUCAGUUGAUAAUCAUUCUUGACACAAAUCCAGUAUGGUGGGGACAGAGACCAUCGUCCCAUUCCAAGGCCCAACAAAAAAUGACCUUGACAGAGUGUUUGAAUUCUGUAAUGGUGUUUGCACAUUCACACAUAAUGAUGAAUCAUUCCAACAAACUGGCCAUACUGGCAGCCCACUCUGAUCAAAGUGUGUUUCUAUAUCCUAAAAAUGUAGCAUCAAAUCCAGGAUUGUCCGAGGAGAAUGGUACAACAGAAGGGAAUGAUGGGAAAUAUGAAUUGUUCACUCAGGUUGACAAACAAAUAAAAGAGGGAAUACAAAGUCUUAUAGAUAACUGUAUGAAUGGACAGCUCUAUCCAGACUCUCUGAUAGCUGGAGCAAUGACUAUGGCACUGUGUUAUAUCAACAAAGCAGAGAAAAGUCAUGAAGAAUCAGGAAUUCUUUCAAGUCGAAUUCUGGUGAUAAAAGGAUCUGAGGACAACACAGAGCAGUAUAUGAAUUUGAUGAACGCUGUGUUCACAGCCCAGAAACAGAAUGUGGUCAUUGAUGCCUGUAUUCUGGACAAUGAUUCUGGUCUGUUGCAACAGGCAUGUGAUAUAACAGGGGGCAUUUACCUUAAGAUUCCUCAGAUGAAAGGACUGCUGCAGUACUUACUGUGGGUAUUCCUCCCUGACCCCCUGGAAAGACCUAAAUUGACUUUACCCCCAAAAGUCCAAGUGGACUACAGAGCUGCCUGUUUUUGUCAUAGGAAUCUCAUAGACAUUGGAUAUGUAUGCUCAGUCUGUCUUUCUAUAUUUUGUGCAUUCAGUCCAAUAUGUGGAACUUGUCAAACAACAUUCAAGAUAUUUGGUCCUCCAAAAGGUGUGAAGAAGAAAUCCAAAAAGCCACUGUGAUAGUGUUUAGAACAUGUACUCUCAUAGAUUAUUUAAUGUGUUCAAAUUGUAGCUUUAUGCACUGUAUUUAAAGGUAUCUUAAUCAUUCAGGUGACAUUGCUAUUUGCUCUUAUCUUCAUUGUGCAAACGUGUGUCCAUAUAUUUGGCAUUUUUAAUUGCAUCAGUAAGGCAUGUGUGCACUACUUAUAAAAUUUUUCACUUAAGGGGGCUGUUAUUUUACAAUCUAUAAUGAUGCCAUCUUCAAACUUGUUUUCGCUCUGUCUAAUUCCAUAUGUUGGCACAACAAAGUGAUUUUUUGGCACAGUUAAGAAUAAUUUCACUUUCUUCCGGUUAAAUUAUAGAUUUUAACUUCUCAUUACUUAUGAUACUCGGGUGACUACUAGGACUUAUUGAGCCUCUUCAUAUUCUGUACAUGUUUUUGUCUUAUAUGUGUAUUUUUAUAUAAACAUGCAUAUAAAUUUUGUGUAAACAGUGA